UGAGACAUUCAGGGAGUGGUAAAUAUCUCUGCCACAUCCCUAUAGGCCGAUGGUUUCUGUGGAAUCACCUCCCUCGUGUUGGAGAAGGCAGGGAGUUCUAAGAUGUGGACAGCCACUACAAAAUAAAGUACAGCUGAAGGGUCGUGACCUCCUCACUCUAAAGGACUUUACAGGAGAAGAAAUUAAGUAUAUGUUAUGGCUAUCGGCAGAUCUAAAAUUGAGGAUAAAACAUAAAGGAGAGUAUUUGCCUUUAUUACAAGGGAAGUCCUUAGGCAUGAUUUUUGAAAAAAGAAGUACUCGAACAAGACUGUCCACAGAAACAGGCUUUGCACUUCUGGGAGGACACCCUUGUUUUCUUACCACGCAAGAUAUUCAUUUGGGUGUGAAUGAAAGUCUCACGGACACAGCUCGCGUGUUGUCAAGCAUGACAGAUGCAGUGCUGGCUCGAGUGUAUAAACAAUCAGAUCUGGAUAUCCUGGCUAAAGAAGCAUCCAUCCCAAUCAUCAAUGGGCUGUCCGAUUUGUACCAUCCUAUCCAGAUCCUGGCUGAUUACCUCACACUCCAGGAACACUAUGGCUCUCUGAAAGGCCUUACCCUCAGCUGGAUUGGGGAUGGGAACAACAUUUUGCAUUCUAUCAUGAUGAGUGCUGCAAAAUUUGGGAUGCACCUUCAGGCGGCUACUCCAAAGGGUUAUGAGCCGGAUCCCAGUGUAACCAAGCUGGCAGAGCAGUAUGCCAAGGAGAACGGCACCAAGAUGUCGCUGACGCACGAUCCCUUGGAAGCGGCUCGAGGAGGCAACGUGUUAAUUACAGACACUUGGAUAAGCAUGGGACAAGAAGAGGAGAAGAAAAAGCGGCUCCAGGCUUUCCAAGGUUACCAGGUUACAAUGAAGACUGCUAAAGUUGCUGCCUCUGACUGGACAUUUUUACACUGCUUGCCCAGAAAGCCAGAAGAAGUGGAUGAUGAAGUGUUUUAUUCUCCACGAUCACUAGUAUUCCCAGAGGCUGAAAACAGGAAGUGGACAAUCAUGGCUGUCAUGGUGUCCCUGCUGACAGAUUAUUCACCUCAGCUCCAGAAGCCAAAGUUUUGAUGCAGUGACGUUUGUCAAAAGAGAAGCAACGUCCUUCAGUGACCAAAUGAGUCAGUUUAUAUGGAGGAAGGAGAAGAGA